AUGCGAAUUCUGUGGGGCCGGCUCCGUUGGCGUUUCCUGGUGCUCACCCUCCCCGCAAGCCUAUUCUUAUUAUGGACUGCUCUGCCAUAUGAUAGCUCUAUCCGCCUUGCCCUCCGCUUCAAUCUUAAUGCUCUUGGUUCUCCCUUCGCAAGCCAGCGGUUGUUCGUCAAACCACCCGCUUUUCCAGUGACAAUCUCAAAGGAUGCUGGCAUAAUUCUCAAGUCUGGAUUUGGAACAAAAGAUCGAAUUUCGGCAUGGCUUGAAUCGCACCAAGAAAGGAGUUUUGUCGACAUCCUUGUUGUCGGCGACUUUGCAACGCAGCCAGGACAGCACUAUAACUACAGCGGCCGUCAACUUAACGUCCACGACCUGUUGGCGCGGAUGCUGGAGAAUGGAUCCCUACCCCCAGGCUUAUCGCAUCCACGAUUGCUCAAAUAUUCAAACCUAACAGCUGCCAUUGCCACUGGUGACACGAACCUUGCACUUGAGCUAUCCAAAUCCUUUGGAUGGGAAUUAGAUGCUAUGAAGUUUAUUUCUGGGCUUGAGCUGGCCUAUAAACGCAUGCCACUUAAAAAAUGGUAUAUUUUGGCGGAUGACGAUACAUACAUCGUGGCCCCUUCACUGGAAGGCUUUUUAGGCCAUUUCGACUCAAAUCUUUGCUACUAUCUUGGAAAUCCUGUUGGAGAUUAUAGAGGCCGCUUCGCCCACGGAGGAUCCUCUGUGAUCUUAUCCCAGGCGACUAUGCGUCGACUUUUUGAGAAUCCUGAAAUAGUUUCUGCGGCGCAUGAAGAGUCGCUUUCAGAAACUUGGGGUGAUAAACUUCUUGCAACAACCUUAAUCAAACUUGGGAUAUACCUAGAGGAAGGAUACUCCCGGUUCUUUAAUGGGGAACCGCCUAGGAGCGCGAAGCUCCGAUCGGAUCGAUUUUGCAUAGCCAUUAUGGCUUUCCAUGGGUUAUCUCCUUUAGCCAUGCUACAGACCGGCAGAAUGUUCAGACAUGCUGUAAAGCCUGUGCGAUGGAUCGACCUAUUGUCUAUUUACCAGGCACUACUCCCUGACACUUUUACACAACAAUCAAUUCGACAAAAUUGGGACCAUGUUGGUAGUCUGGAUGAAUCGACAAAAUCAAUUAACGUCACGACUGCCGGCCAUUGUGGCGAAGCAUGUCACGCCGAUUCUAGUUUCUGUCUUGCCUGGACCUGGGAACUAGACACCCAAGCUUGCCACAUGAGCCCAUGGGUGAUUGUGGGAGAUAACGCUCCUGGAAAAGCCUCAGGACUUAAUACACCACGAGUAAAAAAGCUGGCUACCACAUGCUAGACUGCUAGCAACUGGUUGCUUUUCAAUUUUUUCAAUUUCACUCAGGGAAGCAAAUCCCUUGUGAUGUCUCGUUGUUCCCUUCGGCGAAGCAGAGGUCAUUAUCUAGAUUAGAUCGUGUACCUACGCCACCACAUGUUCUAGAUUGGCGUGGGUUCUGUAGGGACUUUAGCAAUGUAAUUUGAGGGGGCUAAGGCUCAGGGCAUUUUUUGGCAUUCAGA